AUGGUGCCGGAAUUCAUUGAGUCCUCAGUCCAGGAUACGAACGGUUCUGCUGUCUGCCGAUUCUUAGCAACGUGCACCGUAGACACCGACAUUUUCCACCUCAAUUUCGCUGGCACCCAUGUUUGUGUGCUGGCUACGAGUGAGGCCGCGUCCGACUUGCUCGAGAAGCAUUCGUCGACCUACUCCGGAAGACCUCAGCAAACCAUGGCCUGUGAGUUGAUGGGCUGGGACUUCAGUCUGGCUCUCGUGCCAUAUGACUAUCCCGAGAGCCUCGUGUCAAACCUGAGGCGUAUGGCUGGCGAAACGAUCAUGUCCAUUCCGUACGGCCUCGACGUGCUUCCAAAGAAUGAUCCAUACAUCGACACUGCAGAAGAGUCUUGA